GGCCGCCAGCCCGCCCGCGCCAGCACCCUGCUCCCGCACCCGCGCACAGCCCUUCGCGCAGCGCCUGCCGCGGGCGCCGCCGGCCGCGGGCCCCUGGCGCGUCCCCAGCGCUGCGGUGGGACUUUACAGCCGGGGGCGGAGGGGGCGAUGCCGCAAGGUGCCGCGGCCGCGGGAUCAGGCCGGGAAGGGCGAGCGCGUUGGAAUAAGCCAACGGUGCGGAACGGUGCCCGGGCGCUUGGCGAACCGCGCAGGCGGCGGCACGGGGCGCCCGCCCGCGGCUCCCGGCCUCGGGGCGGGUGUCAGCUUUCUGGAGGCAGCGGCAAAGCUUCGGGGCCUGGCGCGGGCGCCGGGCGCAACGUGACCUUUAAAGGUCUGCGAUAUGGAUUACACGAUCGCCCCGUCACGAGGGCGCUGCCGGCGGCGCUGCCAGCGGGGCUCGCGCCGCGGGGGCUCCGCUGCCGCUUUCCCGUCGAGCCCCCGGUGCGCAGCCCGCCCCGCCGGGCGCCUUCCUGCCUCCUCGCCUUCCCCGGCUUCGCUAACCCGGCGUUUCGGGCUACGUCCCUUCCGCCCAGCGGCUGCGCCCUGGCCUUUCCCGCGGACGGCGGCGGCUCGCCGGCUGCUCCGGCCCGGCCGCCGCCGCUGCAUCCCGCCGGCCGCCCGGCCCGGGGGCAGCCCCUUUGCCCGGCUCGCCGCAGCGGUUGCCCCUUCCCUGCCUGUCGGCGGGAGCAUCACAUCCCUCGGGCCGCUUGCACAAGGGGGUGAUUCCCGUGGCAGCGCAGACCCCCCCAGCUCGCUCCAUGCACGCAGCACCCGGGGGUCCCACGGUGCAUGGAGGUUCCCAGGGGUGGUGGUGGCAGCACGGAGCCCCCCAGCUCGCUCCGUGCAUGCAGCACCCAGGGGUCCUGUGAUGCACGGAGGUUCCCGUGGGUGGUAGCAGCACGGAGCCCCCCCAGCUCGCUCCGUGCACGCAGCACCCGGGGGUCCCACGGUGCACGGAGGUUCCCAGGGGCGGUGGUGGCGGCGCGGAGCCCCCCCAGCUCGCUCCGAGCGUGCAGCGCCCGGGGGCCCGAGCGACCCCGCCGUGACGCCCCGCUCUCCCCGCAGCCAUGCCCUGCAUCCAGGCGCAGUAUGGCACCGCCUCGCCCGGCGCCGGCCCCGGCGAGCGCUACCCCGCCGACCUGCUGAGCCCCGACGCCGGCGGCAAGUUCCCGGCGGCCUCGGCCGGCGCCGAGCUGGCGGCCGCCCCGGCCUUGCCCAGCUUCAGCACCUUCAUGGAGAGCUACGCGGGCGAGUUCGACGCCUUCCUCUACCAGCUGCCGGCCAGCGCCCAGCCCGCCGCCUUCAAGCUGGAGGACUUCCAGGUGUACGGCUGCUACCCCGGCGCCUUCGGCUCCCAGCUGGACGAGACCCUGUCGUCCAGCGGCUCGGACUAUUACGGCAGCCCCUGCUCCGCGCCGGCGCCGGCGUGGGAAAGCUCCUUCGGCGCCUACUCGCCGCCGCCGCCGCCGCAGAGCUACGAGGGCGGCCGGUGCUGGGCCGAGGCGCCCAAGGGUGCCGGGUGCCAGCCCCCCUUCUUCGCCGUGGGGCCGGCGGUGCCCGGCCCGCCCAAGGCGCCGCCGGCCCCGGACGCCUCGGCGCUGGCGCAGGGCUCGCCCGGGGGCUUCGGCGGGCUGCCGCCGGCCUCGCCGCUGCUGGAGCCGCCGGCGCUGGCCCCCGGCAAGCCGCGGAGCCCCGGGGCCGGCGAGGGCCGCUGCGCCGUGUGCGGCGACAACGCGUCCUGCCAGCACUACGGCGUGCGCACCUGCGAGGGCUGCAAGGGCUUCUUCAAGCGCACGGUGCAGAAGAACGCCAAGUACAUCUGCCUGGCCAACAAGGACUGCCCCGUGGACAAGCGGCGCCGGAACCGCUGCCAGUUCUGCCGCUUCCAGAAGUGCCUGGCCGUGGGCAUGGUCAAAGAAGUGGUCCGCACCGACAGCCUGAAGGGCCGCCGGGGCCGGCUGCCCUCGAAGCCGAAGCAGCCGCAGGACGCGUCGCCCGUCAGCCUCAUCACCUCGCUGGUGCGGGCGCACAUCGACUCCAUCCCCAGCGCCACCAAGCUCGACUACUCCAAGUUCCAGGAGUCGGUGCCGUGCCAGUUCGAGAAGGAGGACUCGGUGGACGUGCAGCAGUUCUACGACCUGCUCACCGGCUCCAUGGACGUCAUCCGCAAGUGGGCCGAGAAGAUCCAGGGCUUUGCCGAGCUGCCCCGCGAGGACCAGGACCUGCUGCUGGAAUCCGCCUUCCUGGAGCUCUUCAUCCUGCGCCUGGCCUACCGCUCCAAGCCCGAGGAGGGCAAGCUCAUCUUCUGCAACGGCGUGGUGCUGCACCGCCUGCAGUGCGUGCGGGGCUUCGGCGACUGGAUCGACGCCAUCCUCGAGUUCUCGCAGAGCCUGCACCGCCUCAACGUCGACGUGCCCUCCUUCUCCUGCCUCGCCGCCCUCGUCAUCAUCACGGACCGCCACGGGCUCAAGGAGCCGAAGCGGGUGGAGGAGCUGCAGAACCGCAUCGUGAGCUGCCUCAAGGACCACGCGGCGGCGGCGGCGGCGGCGGCGCCCGAGCCCGGCCGCCCCGGCGGCCUCUCCAAGCUGCUGGGCAAGCUGCCGGAGCUGCGCACCCUCUGCACCCAGGGCCUCCAGCGCAUCUUCUACCUGAAGCUGGAGGACCUGGUGCCGCCGCCGCCCAUCGUCGACAAGAUCUUCAUGGACACGCUGCCCUUCUGAGCGGCCCCCGGCCGCCCGCACGUGCCUUGCGGGGGCCCGGCGCGGCCGCCCCGGGGCCGGCACCCGCCUCCCGCUCUCCCUUUCUCCCUUUUUUUUUUUUUUUUUUGUUGUUUUUUAAUUGUAAAAAUUCCCGCGUUGUAAAUACCGAGAGCUCAGCCCUGUACAUAGAGCGUGGGAGGAGAGGCCGGGCGAGGGCGCGGAUGGCCCCGGCCGCCUGGCCUCCUCCCUCGCCUUCUCUUCUCUCUUUUCUUUUUUUUGGGGGGGCCUUUUUCUGUAUAUAAACUUGUACGUAAAAACUGACAGCAACCAAAAAAAAAAAAUCGACAUUUAUAUUUGUGUAUCCCCCUUUGGAUUUACCCGAUGGGUCUCCCUCCCCUCUGCCCUUUCCUCCAAUUAAUAUAUUCUAUAUUUAAUAUAUGGAAAUUUGGAAGAAA